UUGAAUUCAUGUCUAUCAGCAUUGAGUUAACUGUCAAAGGUUAGGUAGCAAAUUUUCUUCAGCAGAUAUUUUCCUGAAAAAUCAGACCGAACUUGUGUUCUGAAUAAAAUUAAUUUUCUGUUAAAUAAGAUACAUUUCACUUUCCAAUCAAUUUUAGUUCUUCUUCACAAUUCUACCUCAUAUUCGUUUAUAAAUCGUCAAACAAAAUGCUUCGACAAAGAGAUAUAGCCGCGAUGACGCUGCUAGACAUAACCUCACGUUUUGUAAACACAAAUCUUGGUCAAAUGCUAUAUGCGACAAAUAACGUAGUGCCUAUUGGGAGACAGAUCAUAGUGAUUAGUGCAGCUACGGAGCCCAACCUGUACGAAGUCAGAUUUUUUGAUAAAUUGUAUGUGGAAGAAAUAAUUUCCAGGACGACGUGUGAUCUGACUUCUAUAUAUCUACUGCAACGUAUGCCGGAGUAUACUGUCAUCGAGAGCAUUUUCGUAAACAACUAUAUCACAGAUCAGGUAGCUCUCAAUUUGGCACUGGCGACUGCUACUAAUAUAGAAACAGCACUUGCUAAUGAUCUGCAAAUUAUUCCAUCUGAUGACGAAACCAUUGAACCGAUUUCACCUACUCAAUCGAAAGACAACGAAAUGAUGGCACGCAAUAUUGAUGAUGAUGCAGAGCAUAGUGCAGAACCACACAUGGAAACAGGCCAAGUUGAUAAUACGCUACUAGAAGAUGAAUACAACCUAUUAAUGGACGACGCAGUCAAUAUGAACGAUAAUAGGGCUCACGUUGUACUAGAAGAAGAAGCUAGUGGCCAAGUAGAAGAUGUUCAAGAGCAAUUCAAAUUAAUCACAGUUGAUGCAGAUUCGUUUAUAAAACUGGAGCAUGCAAGACGAGCAUUUGAACUAUGGAAAGAACUGAUAGCUAACGGACACACACUAUCUGAACUUGAUGACACUGAUAUUUCCGAUGAUGAAACGCUCAUUGUACACUAUGAAAAACUAUUGGCAAAAGGAAACCAAGCAAAUUGCAAUACUAAAGAAAGCAAUUUAAGUUUGGAAGUCGGUACAUCCCAAGAAACCCUAACUCAUAAUGAUGCCGACAUAGCCGAAAUUGUGGAUGGUGUUAAUGAGCAUACAGCUGUAUUAGAUGUAUUAGUAGAUGAAAAGGAGGACGAUGUUGGUCUUACUUAUGACUUUCUUAAUUCUAACGACGAAGAAGACUCUGAUGAUGAAUUGAGUAGAAUUCAGGUUAAAUUUCAUUAGGUUGAGAGCGUUUCAUUAAACAUAUAAAAAGCAAUUGUCAGUUAUGGAUGUGAGAAGAGAGAAAAUAUGAAAAUGCGAAGAGGCGUAAAAAAAAAGAAAAGAAAAUGGACUAAUCAAAAACCGGAGUAAGCAAUCAAGAUUGAUUAAAAGCUAUAGACAAGCUGUGAUAUAUUCUAUUCACAACCUUUUAGAACAAUUUAAACAUUGUACUUGAAGAACAUCACCUACUUUUGACUUAUAUAUUACUUUAAAUAAUAAGAAUUAUAAUUGUAAGGAAUUAACUAUUCCGAGAAUAGCUUGUAUUAAAUUUCAUAAAGUUUUGU